UUGCAUUUGUCUGAUUGGUUCACGUAUUCCGUCCAGAUGGACUACGGAAAUGCACGUGCUGGUUUCUAGUUGUUUCUUUUUGGAUGGUGCAGUCGUUAAACUCAGCAUGUUAACAAUUUAAAUAAAACGGGCAAAUCCAGGAUGAGUUAAUUUAAUAACCGAAUAUCGUCAAAGUCUGGGAAUGGAUUUUGGUUUUGGCUGGUCUGGCAAUGGAUGACCUGUGAUUGUUUAUCAGAUUAUUUUUCAUAAUUUAUCUGCGCGCAUAUUGCAAUUUCUUUGUCCAAGAUGAUAACCAGACGUAUUAUAAAAAAGAAGUGGCGACUUGGACUGUCAAUCGCCCUAUGGCUCGUCGGUCUUCAUCUCAUUUGUGCCCACAAUGUGAAGUCACCAACAGCCCUGUCUAUCAAAGAAGGCUCUGCUGAUCAUAGCCAGGGUGAAGAGACACUACUAGAGGAUGAGGAUUCUGAAGAUCUGGAGGUGUUUGGACCUACAGACAAGUGGCAAACUCUAAAACCAGGUCAAGCAAUUCCAGCAGGCUCUCAUGUCAGAUUGAAUAUUCAGACGGGCCAAAGAGAGGUCAAGUUGGGAGAGGAGGAAGGUCUCAAAUACCGGAGAGAUGGAAAUAGGCAAGGGAUGAACACACACAACCCCUCAUUCACGGCUGAGGAGUUGAAAGAGGCUUUGAAAAGCUAUAAAGAAGGAAUGGAUGAUCCUGUGGACACAAAACAAGACGAAGAUGCAGUGAGGGCCCAAUUUCGCCCCAUCGAAGAGCUGAAAAAAGACAUGGAGGCACUUGACAUGCUAAUGGAGACAGAUGUUCAAGUUAUGAGGAGGCUUUUAAACCAAUUAAAUAAUACUAACAGCACAACUGAGGAAAAAGUCACAGCUCUUAUUGACUUGGAGUACCUUGUGCAUCAGGUAGAUAAUGGCCAGAAUUUGGUGUCCAUGGGAGGAAUGCAACUGGUUAUAAAUGCUUUAAACAGUACAGACAUUCAUCUCCAGAAGAGUGCUGCGUUUGUUCUUGGAUCUGCUGUUUCAAGUAAUCCAUCAGUGCAAGUUGAGGCAAUAGAAGGUGGCGCGUUACAGAAACUGUUGACAUUGCUUGCCACUCAGCGACCAACAGCGGUAAAGAAAAAGGUGUUAUAUGCUGUGGCCUCAUUGCUGCGUCACUUCCCAUUUGCACAAAGUCACUUUUUGAAGCUUGGUGGUGUGCAGGUGCUUAGCGAACUGUUUCAAACACCAGGGGCAGAAUCCCUGCGUGUGAGAAUCAUCACAGUUCUCUAUGAUAUGAUCAUUGAAAAGGAGUUGGUAUCACAGGUGGGAAUGGACCUUACAUCAGAUUCCUCUCGCCAGGAACGGUUGCGACAGUAUGCUGAAGUCUCCCUCCUGCCCGUGCUGGUGGAGCAGGGGUGGUGCAGCCUGGUGCCUGUGCUUUUAGCAUCACCUGAGCAUGACAGCAGAGAGAAGGCUCUGCGCACUCUGCUUGCCAUGAUGGCUCAAUGUCAGACUCAAUAUAAACAGAAUCCCGCAUUGACAGCCUCUCUUAGUGAACUGCAAAAACAGUACCAAGAACUGGUGCUCACAGAGCAGGAUGUAGGGGAGCAGGACGGUUACUUUGGGGAGAUCCUGGCACUCGUGGACUCUAUGGUGGUUAAAAUGUGACCUGUAUAAAUUGGGACUGCUGCUGCUUUCUUGGAACACAAUGAACUAAUAAAAUAAUUGAGUUCUGAAUGAUGGAUUUGUCUGGUUGCUUCAUUAAGAAAGUGGCAUGCAAUGUUUCUUCGCCAUGCUAUCAAAAGAAAUGUGAGAAGAGUGCUAUAGAUGUCUGUAUAAUUUUAAAAUUGAAUCAGAAAUAUUAAGCAGAAUUAAAAUCAGAAUUUUACAGCUGUAAAAAUACAGUUGUACAGCUAGAAUGUUUGAAAAUGUUUACAUAAUUAGAA